AUGGGCUCCACCCCCGAUGAUCGACUGCUAGAGCUUGAAGAGAGCGAACUGUUCGACGAUCUCGAAGUUUCCACCAACCAGCCCACCCCCGCCCUCGCCAUCCCCCCUCGGCCCUCCCCGCCCGUCCGACCGAGGGCGGCACUCUCGGAUGCGAGCGGGUCAUCGGACAGCGAGGACGAUGGCAUCGUCCUGGACUCCGACGAGGAGCUGUCAGAGCGCUGGACCCGGGACGAGACGUACUCGCUGCAGUCCAGCGCAGGCCAGGCCAACAUGAGCCCCUCCAUCAUGUCCGGCGAGACGGGGGCGGGGCGUGCGCUCCAGCCCCAGCCCGUCCUCAUGCCCUCACCCUUCUUCGUCCCCGGCUCGCUCCCCUCGCACGCGGCAGGAGGGCCCGGCGCGCGCCUCGCCCGCCACAUGUCCAACGUGGAGGCCAGCCUGGCGGGGACCGACGCGGCCUCGGCCCUGACCCUGGGCACCUCCAUGCCCAUCUCCAUCCCCAUGAUGCCGCGGCCGGCCAAGCCCGCUGCGCGCGGCGAGGGCCCGCGAUUCGUCCCCCCCCACCUCUUGGCCGACGGCGAGGGGCUGGGCCCCGAGACCGACGUCGCGGAGCUGCUGGGCAGCAGCCGGCUGAGCCCCACCACCUCCUUCCGCCGCGACAAGCUCACUACGCGCAACGCCAUCAUGCGCGCCACCGGCUUCCUCGAAGUGCCAGGGCACGACAUGCCGCCCCCCGUGCUGGAGACCGUGAUCGAGACCGACUUCCAGACCGACUUCCUGACGCAGUCGGCGCUGGUGGGCAGCGUGCCCAUGCGGGCGAUGGCGCGGCCGGGCCCGGGCCACCGACCGACCUCCUCUCUGACGGCCAUGCUGGGGACGCCCAGCUGA